GAAUUCUUCGUUGUUUCUUAUUAAUUAGCUAGUUUGCUGUGAAUUUCAGAAUUGUGCUAGUUACUUGAGUGUGCCGGUUACCUGAACACCGGAUAGGAGAGCUUUUUCUAUAAUUCGCCCUGUCACUUUCGUGUGCAUUUCAAGCAGCAGAACUAUCUGCUGAGUCCAAACGGAAGGGUAGCUGUUAAUCAAAAUGGUCGCCCAAUAGGAGUUGUGUCGUACCGGAUGUCCCUCCCACAGACAUCCGCUCGCUGGCACCGGAAGUAAUGCCGAACUUUGAGUUCGCUGGGAAAAAAGAAACAGCUGUUAUUUAGGAUUGCACUCUGUAGGCCGACCAGGAUGCCAGCUAAAAGAAGAUCCGUGUCACUUGAAUCUCAAAGUAGAAGGAGAAUGGUGGAACCGAGGGCUGCGUCGUUACCGCUGAAGAAGAACCCUUUAGCUGCUGUGAAAUCAGACAAGCUUCAGAAAGGGGCUGCUGCUCAAAAAAGAGUCCUGGUUGCUCCUAGAGUGAAAAAAAAGCCUCCAGUGCCGCAGAGAGACACAAAGAAGCCUUCAAAAGCUGUCCGUCACUCAGCGAGAGUGAAAAUGGUCCAGAAGGAGACGUCCCAGAAGAAGUCGAAUACCGGAGUCCAAAAAGCAAAGAGGCAGAAGGCUGCUAAUUCUACCAAGGCCCGUCAGAGCAAUGUGCAGAAACAAAAACAGACUGGGCAAUCAAAGUCAACUCAACAGGUGACUGCCUUGGGUCGGCUGGCACAGAAUUCAAACACCAAGUUAAGGAGGGCACGAGGUACUUUGCUGAAGAAGUCCAAUAUCAAGAACCCUCCUUCAACGAAGAACUCAAGAGUAAGAACCUCCACGAUGGAGCAAAGCAGCAGAAGAAUAUCCCCCAAAUCUGACAACACUUCUGUAAAUCUCCGGAAAAGAGAACUUUCUUCCAGCAGGGCCAAAGGUCCGAAAAGAGCUAGGUUAGACCCUCACAGUUCAUUUGAUUCACUGAAUGCCCAGGACAGCCUCACAAAUUCUGAAAAGCCCUUAAGUUUUGAUUCAAUUCAAACAGAGCACAAUUACGGUAGGUCAAGGACUGAAAGCCCAAGUGUGGAAAUUAAGAAUAUUGCACUCUUAAAGAGUCAUUGUGCUGUGAAGAUGAAAACCCAAAAUGCCUUGAAAAAAACAUGCAUUUCCCCUGUGGACCACCAAGAAACUCCUGUGAUUGCUCCUGGGAAAAAUGUCCUAGUUGCCUCGGAAGGAGAAGAAUUUUUUUCUGAUUCCAAUGAUGAAUUAAAUGUGAGCCAUGAAGCUAGACAUUGUGUGAAAUCAAACUCACCCCCGCCCCCAACAUUUGAAGCACUUUUCAAAGUUAUCAAGGAGUCUAAUCUUUGCAAAACUCCUUUUCCUGAAAAAGUGAGUUCUUGUGUAGCGGAAUUAGAGGAAGUUAAUAUGCGUUGCUCUACUGCCAUUUUGGAGGACUUAAAAAAGAGUAACUGUGAUGUGGUUGUCAGUUGUCAGAGUGCAAUAGGCUCAAAGACCAAUCAGAUGGAAGAAGAAGAAUGCAAUCCUGCAGAUGUAGGAAAUGGGAAAGGUGAUGUUGCCGAUCCAAUGGCUCAGGAUUUUUGCCCUCAGUAUUCAGAUAUUAUUGGCCUUAAAACUGAAGUUUUGCUGGAGGAUUUCAUAGCUGAUGAUUCCAUUGAACUGGGCAUGGUGGAGAAUGUGGUGGAAAUUUCCUCAAUGCCUCAGGAAGUAACAGAUGUCUUUAUUAAGCCUGACAUAUGUAAUGCUGUUAAGAUGGACACCAAGAAGAAAGCUGAGACAAGCAAAAUUCCUGCCAAGAAGCAGGAGAUGAACCCCCAAGCCAGGACAAAAGCUCGUCUUGCUGCACUAGCUGAGCAGAAAGCAGCUGCUGCCAGGAAGGCAGCUGCGAAACAGCUGAAUCUUCUAGCCCUCUGUGAAGAAAUUGCAGAUGAUAUCGCUUCAGACACAACAGAGGUGAAAAGAGAGGAAGAACAAAGCGGUCCAACCUUGGAAGAGAUAGACGGACAUGAAAAACCACCCAGUCCUGUGAAGGAGCUUAGCGGCAUCCUGACUUCCGUUGUUUCUGAGGAGACGGGUUCUCCGGUCGCUGUUGCCGAUACUCCAGGGGAGUCCACACAUUCUGAGAAGCCAAAGAGACGCUUCUUCCUCAGCCAAAUUACCGUGCCUUUAAAAGUAAAUGAAAAGAAGAAACUGUCUCGCUUCCAGAAGCUACGGCAGACAGAGCUGCAGCGAGAGAAGUUGUCGUGGACCAGAAUGAAACAGCUUAAAACAGAAGAGGCCAUUAAAAAGCUCUCGUCGGACACACGGGAGGUAGAUAAAGUUUGCCCUGCACUUAACAGCGUGUGUCCAGCUUCUCCAUCAACAGCCGCCACCGUUAAGGAAGCUACUCCCAAGCUCUCAGGAAUUGAGAACAAGAGUCUGCUGCCUGCUGUAGCACCCCCCAUGCCUAAUGGUGUUAGUGUUCAAAAAUCCAAACCCACGGCAGAAUAUAAACCCUACACACCACGGCCCAAGUACUCACCCGAUGACUUUGAACUGGAUGGCAUGGAUGAUGAACCAGAACAACUUCCUGGGAAAGUCUGUACUCACAAGACAGUUCCAGAGCCUGCCCCCAAAAGCGACUCGAGAAAUGUGGCAAGCAAAGGAGUCGUUUCUGCACUACCAGCCAGAGGGCCGCCGUUAACUGCACUGGAUAAGCAAAAGUAUAACCAGAUGACUGUCGUCUCAGCUACAGGAGACCCCGGUAUCAAGGCACUGCAGAGGAAUGACAGUGCAUCAUCACCAGGUUCACCACUGUCUAGUGUCAGUACCCGUGCGGCAGAAUCCCUUCUGCACAAAGACAUCAAACGUCUGAAGGAGGCAGAUAAAAGUGGAAAGCAGGCUAUCAUAGAUGCGGGACAGAAGCACUUUGGCGCAGUGACAUGCAGUGUGUGCGGCAUGCUGUACUCUGCGUCCAACCCUGAAGACGAGUCCCAGCACCUUCUCUUCCACAACCAGUUCAUCAGCGCUGUCCGAUACGUGGGAUGGAAGAAAGAGAGGAUUCUGGGAGAAUAUCCAGAUGGCAAGAUCAUCCUGGUUCUUCCGGAUGAUCCUAAAUAUGCCUUGAGAAAGGUGGAGGAGAUUCGUGAGAUGGUGGACAAUGACUUGGGCUUCCAACAGGUGGAAACCAAGAGUCCAUCUCAAACCAAGACCUUCCUUUUUAUUUCCAAUGACAAGAAGGUGGUUGGGUGCCUCAUUGCGGAACACAUCCAGGAGGGCUUCAGGGUGAUUGAAGAGGCGACGCCGGAGUGCUCCGAAGGUGAGAAGGUGAUGUUCGAGCGUCAGAGGGCCUGGUGCUGCUCCACGACCCCUGAGCCCGCUCUCUGCGGCAUCAGCCGCAUCUGGGUCUUCAGCAUGAUGAGGAGGAAGGGCAUCGCCUCGCGCAUGAUCGAGUGUCUCAGGAACAACUUCAUCUAUGGUUCGCACCUGAGUAAAGAAGAGAUCGCCUUUUCAGAUCCCACUCCGGAUGGGAAGCUCUUUGCUACGCACUACUGCGGGACCUCACAGUUCCUCGUCUAUAACUUUGUGAGCGGCACGCGGUCAAGCUGCCAGACUCCAGAUGUGUUGUGAUUGGGAGAAAGACAGGACUCGCAUGGUUCAUGGGCACAGAGCACAGCAGCACCCGGGUCGGCCAUAUUACUGAACUCCUUCCUGUAAUCCAGCAGCGUCGAGCUUGGCUGAAAAGCUCCGCUAAGCUACCGCUAGAAAACUCCUCCCUUCAGCCGGGGAAAUAAGCAUUUCUACUGGUUUUUAAAACUCAGGUGGUUAAAUGGCAAGUCGUUGUUUUUAAAGAUGUUUUAUUUUCCCUUUAACCCCAUAGCUCUAAGUAUUUUGAGACAAAGCAUAUUUUGUUAAAGCAUUUUUAAACAGAGAAAAUACUUUUAAAAUAUUUUAUUGGAUGUAUUUAAAAGUUUACAUGCAUGAUCCUUUUUAACGGCAGAAGAAGAAAAAAACAACAGUAAAUUCACUUUAAAAUCCCAAAAAAGCUUUAAUACGUUUGUUUACUUGUUGGCACAAUUUCCCCCUGUUUUAGGUCCUUACCCAUAGUCAUUCUAUGCACUUCUGGCCAACUACUUUAGCCAUGUGUAAGGAUUCUGCAGCGGUACACCAGUUUCCCUUCCUGAAAGAAAAUGCUGCUUGAGCCGUGGAGUUCUUUUGAACUUCAGUAGGUGGAGAUUUUUUUUAAACUGCUCUCAGAAACAUUUCCCGGACUUCACUUCUUUCCUAUGGAGCAGCUCAUCAGAAUGUUCACUCUUCUGCGAAGGAGAUUUUCUCCAUAAAUAUGGAUCCAUGCAUAAAGUGCGGUUUUCAUUUAGUUUGCACGGACAGACUUUACUUAGUUGCUAGAAUUGGAGUUGUGGACUAUAGAUUGCAAUAGCUUAACCAAGAAUAUGUGACUCGUCAUUCCUAACUCGGAGGUACCAGAGUCCGAGUUUCACUUCCAUUCCUGAAUUUAUGUUUCUGAUCAACAUGCAGAUCAUUUUACGUUUUAUCGCUAUCUCUGUGUGCAGUGUAUUGAGUAUGUUAUAACUGCCAUCUACAAGUUAUCAGUUUGAAUGCCUUUAUAUGGAAUAGGAGCCCCCUCCCCCCCCGAAUAGGGGGUAAUUCGCCCAUGUAUGUAUAAAACUAAUGGGAAAUAGGUUUCACGUCACAGUAAGUUCAGGUUCCGUAAUGAUCUCGACUCAUCUAAGUUGCUUCAGAACCCCCUGCUCCAGCUUCUGACUAAUGCGUGUAGCCUGACGUAAAGUGGAGGGUGUAACUUGGACUCUAUGCAGAUAACUUUAACUCACAGUGUGAAUUAACGCGGCAGGGAGAAUGUAAUUACACCUGUACCAUGGUAUACUGAGCAAUAUUUCAACUCCUGAAAGCCAGACUGCAUUACAGUUUUUCUGAUCUGCGUGUAGAUGAAUAAACCCACUGAGAACUCUUGGAUCAUUUGGUACUAGUGUUUGUCCUUCCCUAGUGUUUCACGUAAAGGAUUAAGUUAAUCCUAAUCUAAAGUCUGACUUGGACCUGUCUGAAAACAUCACUUUUAUACCAGUAUUUUCAAUCCCAGCAUAACUGAAAUGGGCUGCUUAGUGAUCUCGCUUGUGAAUGCUACACACCGCAUUCAUGUUAUUGCUAAAGUUGGCUGCCAAGAGUUUACAAAAUCACAUAGAUUCACAUUGACCUAACAUGGCAUGGACUGCACUAAGAGUCUGAAUUUGUCCAGCUGGAUUUGAGGGGUUUGUUUGUGACCCGGCCCACAUUGGAAGUUAUUUUCACUGUCACCACUAGUUUGAACCUGUCAGUUGACCAACCUCAUGUAUUGUCAGUUUGUAUACACCUGAAAGGGUUUUGGGGGGAAGAUUGUUAGAUGUCUAAUUUUAUAGUUUUUUGUUUGGAUAUAUGUUUUAAUUAGCAACGAUAAUGUCAGAAGUAUAAUUAAACAAGUUCUGGUAAUUCAACAUUUUGGAAACCCUCUGGAUUUUGUGAACGGAAGACAGUAAUUUGUAGACCGAAAGGUAAAACCAUGGUGUAGACAUCCUCAAGAGACUGUCAAAGUACUUUGUCAUUCAUUGGUAUUUUCAGAUGUCAUGUAUAUGAUGUUUUAAAAAUAAAUAUAAAAUCCUUUGUUAAUCGAUUAGAGCUA